GUUUGUAAACAAGACGUGGACUCCCUGCCCCAGGGCACCUCUGCUCUGCACAGCCUCACACUAAGCCUGUGCAGCAGUUAAGUGCUUUACCUGGGAGCUCUAACCUCCUGUAUGAAACCCGGGCGGUGGGGACUGGGGGGCUGCUCUCCCUUGCCCCCCCCAUUGGAGCCCUUGUCAGGGUCGGAGCUGGUCCCGGCGGCUGCUGCGGGGCCGCUGGGUCUGGACCAGAGUCGGAACCGGACCAGAACGUCGGGCUUGUGUCCUGCUAGCGGGCCCGGGAGCUGCCCGGAGAGGGGCGCGGGGCAUCCAUGGGGCGGACACCCGCGGACACGGCGGCGGCAGCGGGCUCGCUCAGGCCAGCAGCUGGUAGCCAGUGACCGGGACCCGGAGGCCGCGCUGAGCCGUAGCGGUCACGGACUCAAUGCCCGGCGGGGGCAGAAGCGGCCAGGCUCUGCGGUCUGUUCUCAGGUCCAUGCUCCGGAUUUUUGUCGUUUUCUUGAUAACACAAUUACCUCAUUUGGAAGCUCUACAAUGCGACCCAGGCGAAUAUGAAAUAAAUGGCGAAUGCUGUCCCCUGUGCAGCGCAGGGAGCAGGGUGGUCAAACAUUGUAAACCAAGUACCAGCACAACUUGCAUGCCCUGUGUGGACGACACGUAUACAGAGCAUCCCAAUGGCCUAACAGAGUGCAUGAGAUGUAAAAUCUGUGAUGCAGGAGCCAGACUGAUGGUAAAAGAAAAAUGCACGUAUACGAAGAACACCGUAUGUGGCUGCGCCCCGGGAGAUUUCUGCAGGCACCCUGCAGGUGGGGACUGUGAAAUGUGUAGUGCCUCCACCGUCUGCUUCCCUGGCUUUAUGGUGAAAGAACCUGGCACAGAAUUCAGAGACAACAUAUGUGAGGUUUGCCCUGAUGGAACCUUCUCAGCAAACAACAUGUCACACACCUGUCAGCCAUGGACCAAGUGUGAAGAGGAAGGGAUGACAGAAGGAAAGGUCGGGACAGCCACUUCUGAUGCAGUUUGUGUAAAAAGAGGCCUUUCUGUCACAGGGAUGGCAUUGAUAAUUGUCUUUUUAGUUUUAUCUGUACCUGCGGUGGCUGGAGCAGUGUACUUUUUAUGGAAGAGGAAGAAGAGGAAAGAUGAGAGAACACCUGCACAGGACAUAGGGGCAUGCAACCUGAAGCCACGCUGCUUAAGCAUAUAUGAGACAGACAAGGUGGGUGAGGAUGAGCUAAACGAAGAGGUUUUGGAAAAUUUGAUACAGACUAGAAAGGAAGGGACUGAUGCAGCUCUCCCUGUUCAGGAAACUACUAAAAAUUCUGGCACAUCCACCCUUCACAGCAUCUGAACAAACAUGGGCAAGAGCAGAUGCACUUUUUCAAAGUAGGGGAGGAGAGAGAGCCAUUCGUCAGCCCUGCCAGUGAUAGAGGAUGAACACAGAGAGGAGUCUCUACUACAGAUCUAGGGAAAUGACCACCAGCACUGGAUUCUUCUGAAGGCUCAGGCCUACUCUAGAAAAAGCUGAAUGAUCAAGGACAGGAGGAAGAUCCCUCUUCAUUGGAUUCUAGUGAUUAUCAUUGAUGUAACUUUAGUCUUUCUGGCUGUCUCCUGUUAUGCUGAAGCCUUCCUCACGUACACAUUGCUGGGUGUAAUGUCAGCGGACUCUGGGCACUUGGUUUCAUUCAGUAACUACACUUAAACUUCCAUUUAUUGAUUGAAAUGUUUUGAGAGUUCCCACUCACACACCACAAAUACUUAACGUGAUAUCCAGGAAUCUCUGCUGGACCAGUUGGUCUUCCAUAUUGGACUAGGUGAACACAAAGCAUAUAGUCAAAAUGGAUUUUAUACAUAGCUUUAGUUUUAUAACAGGGCAACAGAGGGUUGGAACAGAAAUGUAUUAGUGCUGUAAGUAUUAGCUCUUAAUAUCUCAUCCUGUGUUAAAUCUGUAUCUUUAUUGUCCCUUGUUAAUCAGAUUUGCUUUGAACCUUCUCUGUGGGUAACAUAAAAUCCCAGGUAAGAAGUAUGGUUGGAAAUAAAGCUAAACAUUUUUAUAGUGAAGUUCGGAGGGUGGACUGCACCAUUUUGCUACCCGCAGUCAAAGGGCUGGACAAUCUAGGUAUCGAUUUUGUGGUGCAUAUGAAAGAAGAUAGUGAAGUCACAUUCACCCCAGAGCAUCUGUCCUGUCAGUGGGGAGAACAGGGGCUUUGAAGCUUCAUUCAUUAAUAUAUUUAAGCACGACUGUGCUUGGAUGAGGGGCAGUACAAGAGAGAAAAGCAGCAUGAUGAUGAUUCUGUGGCAUGGUGGAGGUGGGUCUUGCGCAGGGAUUUGAAGGAGAGUGCGGUGGCCUUUUUGAUAAGUCUGGAGCGAUGAACCAGGCAUAAGUGAGCCGUGGAAGAAAGGGCCAAGGUGCUUGUGGGAGAGGCAGAUGAAUGGGUGAUGGAGGCUGCCAUUGUGGGAGGCCUGGGGGUGCUGGGGGCGAUGCAGUAAGAUCCAGGAGCAGACAAGUAGGGAAAGGCUGCAUUAUGAGGAGUCUUAAAGACAGGAAAGGGACAUGCUUGUGUUCUGUAGAGUGCAGAAGGGUGAGGCUGCAUUAACAACAAUAUAUGUUAACCCUUGAGGGCUCAGCCAAGUGCUAGUUCAUUUAGCAGCAAGGCAUUCCCUGGGAAAUAUCCCACAUCUUCCACCCUCUGACUUCACCCCCUCUACCACACUUCACCAUCAUCAUUGCUAUGUAUACGGUAUUAAAUUGUUUAAACUUAUGCUAUAUAUAUAUGCGUGUAUGUAUUUGUAUUAAAAAAAAUAGUCUUUU